CACAAAGCACAUACAUAGUUUCACUUAACCAAUCAAAUCAAAUGGAUUCUGAAAUCGUUGAGAGCACUGACAUGGCCGAUAUCACUGUUGAUGCAAAGAGUUUUAGUUGGGCAGUGGACAGUGCGAUAAAGAGUGAGACUGCGUCAAUUUCGGGAGAAUCCCGAAUCCAUAGUUUUUGUUCCGUAGUGGACAAUGCCAUAAGGAGUAGGACUGCAUCAGAUUUGGGAACAUCUCCUUCUCCUGUCCAUAGUCUUGCUUCGGCAGUGGCCAAUGCAAUGAGCAGCAGUAGUGCUGCACCAUUUUCACAACUGGAAACGUCUCCUUCUCCUGUCCAUAGUCUUGCUUCGGCAGUGCCCAGUGCAAUGAGCAGGAGUAAAGCUGCACCAUUUUCACAACUGGAAGUGGUGCCGAACGCCACUAGACAUGUUCCUGCACGAUUAUUCACCUGGGCUGAGCUUAAAGCAGCCACCAACAAUUUUUCACCUCACAACCUGAUUCGUGAUUUUGGAACCUUUGGCGUUGGGUACAGAGGCAAACUCGUUGAUGGUCGUGAGGUCGCAAUCGUUAAGGGAACCCAGUUUGGUAAGUCUGAAUUUGCCAUCUUUUCCCGUUUAGACCAUAGGAACUUGGUUGGGCUUGUUGGGUACUGUGAAAACAGAGAUGAAAGGCUGUCAGUGUAUGAGUAUAUGAAGAAUGGGUCGUUGCAUGAUUGCUUGCAAGAUAAGAACAAUGUGGACAAGGAUAGCAGUGUGUUGAAUUCGUGGAAAAUGAGGAUCAAGAUUGCUUGCGAUGCUUCCUUGGGAAUACAAUAUCUGCAUAAUUAUGCAAAUCCAUCUAUUAUUCACAGAGAUAUCAAGUCUUCCAAUAUUCUUCUUGAUGCCAGUUGGACGGCUAGAGUAUUUGAUUUUGGAUUGUCGUUCAUAUGUCCAGAACCUGACGAUGAAUACGAUGAUGAGAGAAUAGUGGGAACCUACGCAUACAUGUGCCCUGAGUACAGGAAUGGAGGUGUGUUGACAGCAAAGUGUGAUGUGUACGGGCUUGGAGUUGUAUUGCUUGAACUUUUAACGGGUAAGAGCGCUAUACGCAAUAAUGAGAAAGAUGUAGAACCCUCAUUUUCUUUGGUGCACUUUGCAGUGCCUCGUAUUUUGGCUGGAGAUUUGGUCGAAAUGUUGGAUUCAAGGGUUGGACCACCCGAUUUGAAAGAAGCAGAGGCACUGAAGAUCCUGGCCUAUACUGCUAUAUGUUGUGUGAAACGGAAAAGGAGGCAUAGACCAACCAUGAAUGACAUUGUGGUCAAUUUGGAUCGGGCUUUUGCUAUUUGUGGUAGUAGCCUAUAUGGUGAGAACUUUUCCUAUUCCAAUGCAUUACCAUCACAUGAGUCCAAUCACAUGAGUCCGUAUCCUCUUCAUUUAGAGGAAUUUUUCACAAGACCUGAGAGUAUUCCUCUCUCCUAUUGGGAUAUUUAUACGGAUUCAUGUGAUAUUCCAAUCUACCAAGAGGAUACGGACUCUGAUAACUUUUCCUGCGGUACUAUGUCGGACUUGGAUAUUCCAAUCUACCAAGAGGAUACGGACUCAUAUGAUAACUUUUCCUGCGGUACUAUGUCGGACUGGGAUAUUUCAGACUAUUAAGAAAAUCAAUAAUAAGAAUCUCUUGUAUUAACAAAAGUUGUUCAGCAACUCUACAUAGCCGUGAUUGUUCCACUGUUUCCAGCCGUUGUCACCCAAGUUCACUUGGAUGGAUUUUCUGUAUUUAUGUAAUACUUGACUUAGAAGAAAGCAUAUGUUGUAUGUAAUUUUUUUGAGUGUUAAUUGAAUUGAACUCAAUUCUAUACA